GAACUAAAGUGAUCAUAUAAUAAUGAAAUAGAGAAGCAGAGAUCAAAAUGGCGACAGUCGGGCAAAUCGUCGCCACCUGCGUCGUAUUGCUGUUCAUUGGUACAGUGAACACGCUGAAAUCUCUGCACAUUCACGUACCAAAGGCUGUGCUUUCUGGUACGAGCGCGGAGCUGAUGUGUACUUACGAGUUGGAAGGCGCCCAGCUGUACUCUAUCCGGUGGUACAGGAAUAUGAUGGAGUUCUACCGCUACGUGCCUAAGGAGUCGCCGGCCACGAAAGUGUUCCCCGUCGCUGAGAUCAAGGUCGACGUGGCAGGCUCGGACGCGAACCGGGUGAUUCUAACAGAAGUGGAUCGAGCUCUAACGGGGGAGUACCAGUGUGAAGUGUCAGCAGACGCUCCGCUUUUUCACACGGAUAUUAAAGCCGCUGAGAUGGUGGUAGUAGACCCCCCACUGACAAGUCCGAACGUGUCGUCAGACCGCUUGUCGUACGUCGGCGGCGACCACAUACAGGCGAACUGCUCGUCGCCGCCAUCUUUGCCCGCCGCCAACGUCACGUGGUACGUCAACGAGCAAAUGGUACCUGGCUUCACAGCUAACCACGUGCUUAACUUCAGCAAUGGCUACGCGUCGAGCCAAGCCACUCUAGAAUUAGAGGCAGCUGCGCUCUCGCCCGUGCCUACUCUACUGAUUCGGUGCGAGGCCUCCAUAUUCGACAUAUGGAAGUCGACGAGUCAAACCUUAGUACUUCGGGAGCGGAGCGCGAACCCCGCCUCGGCUUUAGGUCGUAGUUUCACAGGCGCUGCAGCAGAAACACGCCUACCUACAAUAAUGGUACUACUUCUUCAAUUCUUCCUUAAAAUAUUAUUAGGAAAAUAUGUCGAGACUUCAAUAAGAUAGCUGGUUUAGUUGAACCCGGAUUUAGUUAGUGAUUGCAUAAUCUAACUAAAUAAAAGUAGUUCAUUCGGAGUUAUAAGCAAUGUCAUUUAAGGACAGGGCACAAGGUCUAAGUGUGCGUAGACACACGUGCGCGUGCGCUAAAAUGUUGGAGCCGUGCACGCACAAGUCACGCAAGCGGUGUGCCGUCCCUCAUAAGGAUGUGUAUAUUACAACGCGCACGUGCACGUGUAGGCACAUGCAUCCAAUCUGCACAGGCCUUUAUUAAUAACUGAGGGCCAAAGCUGCGUAGUUAAAUCAAAUGUGUUCUGAUUAUUAAUGCCAUGUUUUAACGGUAUGAUGAAAAUUUGUAAAUGU